CCUCCCCCGUGUGGAGAGACCACGCAGCUCCGCACACAACAUCAUUCAGAGCUGCUCCUCUCAGGCCGCUGGGGGAGUGCACUACACGGGACGGCGAAAAAAGUCAAAGGGUUAACUUGGAUACACACGCGGCGGUGUUUUGAUCAAAAAACCCAUCCAACUGCACACGGAAGCGACUUUGUUAUUCACGGGAAGGAUUUCUCUUGGUAUGGUAUUCGUUUCGAAAAGUACACACGCGCGUAGUUGAAGGAUUUAACUCCAGUAUGCGGCAGUUUUGAAACAAAGGGGUCUGGAGCGCCGUUGUCUCUGUGGAUUGGGGCCCUUUCUGGAUGGGAAAGAUGGAAUCGGAGGGGCAGUGGUGGAAAAGCCAGCUUGCAGCGGACAUCCAUCAGGCUCUGCGAAUUAAGGAGCUGAAGUUACCAACAUACCAGGCUCAAUCUCCACAGAUCGGGAUGCGGCGGUACUUUGCCGACCUGCUCGCUGUUCUCAGUAACCGAUACCAGCUUUGCCCCACGGCACGUCACCUGGCCGUCUACCUGCUCGACCUCUUUAUGGACCACUAUGAUGUAGCGGUGCGGCAGCUGUAUGUCAUCGCCCUCUCCUGUCUCCUCCUGGCCAGUAAGUUCGAGGAGAAGGAGGACCGUGUGCCCAAACUGGAGCAGCUGAACACUCUGGGCUUCAUGUGCAGUCUGAACCUCACCCUCAACAAGCGUGACCUCAUCAAGAUGGAGCUGCUGCUGCUGGAGACAUUCGGCUGGAACCUGUGCAUGCCCACACCUGCCCACUUCAUCGACUACUACCUCCACGCUGCUGUGCAGGAGGGGGAUCUGCACAACGGCUGGCCCCUCUCCUCCCUGUCCAAGACCAAAGCCUUCAUGGACAAAUACACGCACUACUUCCUCGAGGUUUCGUUGCAAGAUCAUGCCUUCCUGAGCUUCAGGCCUUCUCAGGUGGCAGCUGCCUGCAUAGCUGCGUCCAGAAUCUGCCUGCAGAUCUCCCCCAGCUGGACCACUGUCCUCCACCUGCUCACGGGCUACUCCUGGGAUCAUCUGACGCAGUGCAUCCAGCUCAUGUUACUCGCUCACGACAAUGACGUAAAAGAAGCCAACAAAUCCAAAUCUUCCCCUUCCGCCAGUCAGAGCCUCCAGCCGCAAGCUCACGUCCCCCACAGCCCUGCCACCCCCUCUCUGCAAAGGCAGCCUGCCUCCAGCUCCCAGCAGCUGCUCCUCCAGGCCAGCAGUUACCCGCAGCUCCCCCAGCACUCGCCGGCGUUAUCCCAGCUGCACAUGCUGGCCGACUGCCAGGCCCUGGGACCGGUGGGCUCUCGGGAAUAUCUGCAGCCCCACCAGGCCAGUCUGCUUUCGGCCUCGAUGCCGGCCAGCUCUUUCCCGUCUUUCCCCAGCUUGGCGUCGGGGCUGCGAGGCUUGCCCCUCCAGGGUCCCAUCUCCAUGCAGGUGAGCAUGGGGCCCGAGCGCCACUGCCUCGGUCUGACUUACGGGAGCGGCUGCUUGAGCUCCCACCACACGUUCACAGCCGGCUGCUUCGACAGGUGACGCCAGGAGAGGGAGGACAAACUCAACCUGGGGCUGCCGCCGUCCUCCGCCCUCUCUGCCGCCCCCGAGGGGCUCCGUCCCGGACGCCGACGGAAACUUUCCAAACGGAAAGCCAACAGCCGAGCGGAUCCAACUGAAGUCAUAGUAUUAACUUGAGAACUCUGGGGUUUUUUUAGCGUUUGGGUUUUUCGUGAACUGAGGAUGUCUAUUUUUUAAGAGUAUUUAGCCAAGUGAGGACCUUCUUCCAGUGCCACAAGCUUAAGACUUGGGAAUCCUUUAUUGAGCACACAGCCUUAAGAAGAGAAAUCAAGUCGAUCCGCAUUCCAUCCCACCAGCAUUUUCUAACAAGUCCUUGAACUUUCACACUGGAUUUGCUGUACGGUCCUUUAAUGCUGCUGCCUUUUUAUACGAACCGAUGGCUUUACGAUCAAGAAUCCUGUCUCCCUUCUGGUCUUGUUUACAGUGACAUGCCACGUAUCAGGGAUGUACAGAUCUCUUUAAUACGAACACCAUACAUACCAUUGAACCAGCUGAUGUUUGUAUGAAGUAGCUUCUUUUGUUCUCGUCUGUAUUUCUUGUCCAAGUCUUUAGAAAAGGUUGACGUUACGCAGAGGUUCCAGUUCCCUCAAGCAGAUGGAGGGAGAUGCCCCAGGGGACGGAGGCAUCUGUGCUCCCCUCUUUUCCAUGCUGGAGGAGACCAUGCUUUACUAGUUCCUCCUUACCCCAGGGAAACAUAGCCAUGAUCGCCCUGCGGUUCUGCCGUGUGCUAUGAAGAUGACUUGACUGUGCUGUACCUCUUCCCAUCAGACACUGUGGCUCGUAAAGAUUACCUCGCUGUUACACUGUCAUUCACAUUUACCUCCAAGGUCAUGCUAAUAACUAGUUUAACCUAGUUAGAAAAGAGUUCUUCUGUUACAGCUGUAGCGUCAUACCUUUAGGUCAACGUUUUAGUCUCGUUUCUGUUAAGCAGACGGUCCAAAACAUUAUUAUUGUAAACUAAAGAUAAGAUUAACCAAACAUGUUACUUUCCUUUCCUUUUGUUAGUGUAAUUAUUUGUUGUUCAGAGGGUUCUUAGACUACACAAUGAAUUUCUUUAUUUUGACUGGCCUUAAGACCAAAGCGUCUGCUUUACGUCCUGCUGAAUGAGAAGCUUUUUCAACCACUUUACUGGACUUUGGAUCAAAAAUCUUUCUCCUAUGGUCCUGAACUUUGAACUACCUCAAUGUAUUGCCAUUUACGUGCUGAUUCUGCAGGGCUCGUCUUUUCAUUUUAUGUUUCUUCUUCGCGAUCGGUCAGAACAUUCAAGAGCUUUUUUACCCAAGAACGCAGGGUUUUUUUUUUUGUGUUGAAGUCCCGUGUUUUGUAUAGAACUGGUAGAGAACUGUGUUCACUGUAACAGACACGCACUGUUUGAUAUUUCAAGUCAUUCUCUUGUUGAAGCCUCUGUGUGUGCAAUAUGUAAUCAUUAGUUUGUUACUUUUUAGACUGUAUAGUUUUAUUUUGUACCACUACUUUUUUUCUUUUUUUUUGUUACAAUGUAGAAUUAGUUUUUUUGUUGGUUUGGUUUGUUUUAACACGCUAUUACUGCUUACAUGCAGUGAUUUAUUUCUCCACCAAGAAAAUGUUGCACAUUGCAACCGAUGUCUCCUGAAUCUCUAGACAUUUAGUAGACUAGAGAACACUGAUUCUGCUCAUUCAGUGAUCUUAUGGGUUUAUUUAAAAGCCUGUAUUUGGGAAGGGAAGGGAAGGGGGCAGCAGGUGUAAAUUGGAUGAAAACGCCAGAAAUAAAAUGGAAAAAGCACAAA